UGAAAAGAAACCCUUAGUGGUUCUAGGAUGACAUAGAAUGUAAAUGUAAAGGCAUUUCCUGUGUCCUUAGCAGAUCGUAAGCCUGGAAUGUCAUCACUGUCCCAUAGAUAUUUGCCAAAUGAAACAAAUAAGCACCACCCACUGACCCCACCUUAAGUGAACCAGCACUGAGAAUAAAGGUUACAAUCAUCAAAAAGCAGCGGCGGGGGGCAAAUCCUAUUGAGAAAUAUGCCCUGAGGCCUUCAGGACUUCUCAGCUGGUGUCCAGAGCCAGUCCCAGCGUCUGGAGCCUCCCAUCACCGCCCUGGAUCCCUCAUGUGUCCCACCUACAACAACCUACACCCGUGGACUUUCAUAUUGUCCUCAUGGCCCCUCCACCUCACAGAAAUCAACUAUGACCGGCUGCCAGGCGACACUCCUAUAUGCCACCACCCAGAGGGUUCCUAUCUUAAAGAUGCGGGUGAAGUCAGCGGCGCCCUGAGACCCAGGGAGAGAGCUCCCCUGGCGUCCCAACAGUUUCUCAGCUGAAAAGUACACGUACCCACGGGGCGGCUGCUAGCUUGCCAGGGCGGGAUUCCUGAGCACUUGGCACAGUGCCCCACUCGUGGUGACGCGCACCCUGGUGACAGCUCCGCUCUGCGAGCCACCAUUGGGUCGGCCCUCGAGUCAAGAGGUAGACAGCUGCUUACGGAGUUAUGUGGUUGAGCGCAGAUAGGGAGAGGAGUGAGUCAGAUACGGCCUCCGCGAACGGUGCGUGGACGGCACAGGUGCACGGCCGCCAGCAGAGUUGGGCAAAGUCCCCGAGAGGCGAGGCGAGGCGGUGGGAGGGAAAGGAGGGGUGAGCCGACAGCGCCAGGGAGUGGUUCCAGAGGAAGUGGCGUCCGCAUGCGAUCUGGAAGUCACAGGUCAAAGGGCAGAACUCUGAACAUCCACACUCCAAGUGGCCUUCCUGCCCUGCCCAGGAGCAGUCCUGGAGCAGAUGCCGUGGUCUGUGUGUCUGGAGCAGUUCUCACUAAAGAGAGACAGAAAGGAAACAGAGGCUCAGAGACUGAAAGACCCGGGAAGAGGAAGACAAACAGCAAAACAGAAACAGAGGCCAGGAGGGACAAGAGUAACCCCAUGCUGAUCAGAAGCAAGCAGCUAUGCUCCACAUGUCAAGAAAUAAAAAUGAAAAGAAAGAGGACAGCAAGGGGAAAUGGAGGACACAAGGACAAAGCCCUACCAUCUGUCAGAGCUGCCGCAGAAAGAGGCCCGUGUCCGCACCAUGUCCACACGGAUGCCAUACAGGUACAACCAAGAACUUUGAUAAUCCCUCAUAAUCUGAAGCUAUCCUUUGAGAAUUUAAUGAGUCAUAGAAUGAUGAGUCUUCCUCCACCAAAAGCCAAGACUGAAUCCAAACAUUCCUGUAAUGACAUCUCAACAGAGAGCAUUCACUACAGAUUGCCCAUUCUGGGCCCCAGGACAGCUGUCUUCCAUGGACUGUUGGCAGAUACCUACAAAUCUCUGCAGGAGACACAGCUCUCUUCCUUGCCCGGAAAGGAGCCGGUAGGCAAGACAAUGAGGCAAUGAGUGGUUGGAGCUCAUCCUCUUCCAGACUCACCAAGAGAAAACAAGUUAACCAAGCCUGUUUCUGAUGCUAGCGCAUUCUCAUAAAUACCCACCUGUCGCCAAAAAGGUGACUCACUUUUGCCUUCUUGGGAGUUGCUAGAAUUCUAGCUCUUGACAAUCUUCUUCUCACUUUUCCUAAAUACAAGUGGUCUAAUUUACAAGAUGAUAAAGACUUGCUGAUUCAAGUGGAACAUUUCAAGUGUCAUUAAUUUUAUUUUUUUAGGAUUCAUAAUUGUGGUGUAAUAGACAACACCCUUCUGUUUCUAAGACGUGAAUUUCCUGUGAAAAUUAUUUCAGCUCUUCUUCAGAGCAGAGGGCUGGAGAUGGCUCUGGGAAGUCCCUCAGUGGGUUAACCUAUUAUGAAUACAUAAUGAAAGGGAAAUGGAGGUCACCUUUCUGUCCUUAUCUCUGUCAGUUAACUGGCAGAUGACAAGAGGAUACUGUGACGCAAUGGGGAAAAUGGCAAGUGGUUAGUGGUUGCAACCGUCAAGGACAGGAACCGUGCCUUGUCUUGCCCCGCUCACGUGAUGUCAUUUAGCGCCCUGUGUGUAAUCAGAUAUUCAUCUAAUCUUUGCCCCAUCAUGUCUAAACCAUGUGCUUGUAUUUUGUCAUUUUGUUACUUUGGUUUGAGAAUGUACACCUUCAGCUCUGUCUUGGUCCAUGUGUCAGCAGUGUGAGGGAGACAGAAGAAAACUCUAGGCUUACAAAUAUUGUAUUUAUAGGCACAAGUGGUCCAUACCCACCUUCAGGCUCAUAUAUAAAAGGUCCCUUCCCUUCUUUAGGGUACAAUAGCCUUGUAGAAUCCCCAAAUCCUGGCUAAAUGGACGCUGGGCCAACAUGCGAGAACCAACCUCUGUGCUGACUGUAUUUGAAGAACAGGCUUCAGGAAUCUUUAACAAAUGGCCUGGUACCUAAAUUGACCUCAUUUCUUAUACACACACACAAACCCCCCCAAAACCAGUAAAACUUGAUCGAUUGCCCUAUGUUUCUGGUAGGCUAUGAUUCUUGGUUUCAGUUCAGUUAGGGUUCAGUAAUUCCGGAAGUAAUACGCACUUCCUCUCAGAGCACACAUGAAUCAUGAUUCCACUUCAGAUCAUUGCCAAAGGACAGACAAACCAUGGAUAAAAAUGUUUCUUUCUUCUUUUGUAAAUGAACAUAUCCAGUAAAAGGAUUUGGGGUAUCUGUACCCCUGAAUUAGGGAGAAAUACAUGUCCCAAGCACAAUUAUUUGGAGUUUUUGAGGUAAUUUGAAUAUUAUAUGCUUAGUCAGAUAGACUGCUUCCUAAGUCUCAAGAAGUCCCCAUCUGGAGUACAAGGGUGUUUCCAAAAUCUCAUCAAGAAGAAUAACGUUCUGGUGUUUGCCAGUGUUCUAGUGUGGUGACUGAGAACAAUAGUCGAUAUCAGUGGUUCUUAAACUUUUUCAUCGUAGGAAACUUUUACACUCUUAAAGACUGAGAGCCCUAAGUACAAUCCCUGUUUCAUACAUGUAAUUCUCGUCUCUCUAGAAAAAUGUAUCACUUAAUGAGGAUGAGAAUGAUAUCUCAUGCUAACAGCAUAUCCCCACAGGAGCCUCCCAGAUGCAUAUUUGAAAGAUAUUUACAAGAAAAGUCCAUUCCCAGUUGCCAAGCAAUAUGAGAAAAUAGGAGCUUGAGUUCCCUGAAUUGGGGGCAGUGGUAUUAGGUAUUAGGAACUUGUUUCCAUUGGGGAAAUAACACAGAGAGACAUAAAUGAAGAGCAUGUGGAUGGGCCAAUAUGUAAAUAAGUAUGAGUUACUCUCCACUAUAAAUCCCCAGUGAUACCAACAAUAGUAUAUGACAUAUAAUAUGGUGCUCCAUAGCACCAGCCACCCAGCUCUCUGGACAAGAACAAAGAUGCAAUUGUAUAACUUUGCCGGAAAAGUUGGUCAGAGAAGAAAUAGCCAUAUUUACCCCCACAGAUGUUAUCUUUCCCUUGCAAAGUCUUUGGCGAGGCAUUUCACUUCCUGGCCAGUAAACUGCAGAAUAGCGAAGUUAGGCAUUUGCUGGUGUUUGCUGUUUCAAGGAAUACUUGUUCCUAAAUCCCUUGGGAUUGGCUUCUACUUGGUCCUGUGUAACAGAAAGCAUCUUAUGGGUCACAUAGCCAAAGAGUCAGGAAACCCUUGCUUCCUAGACUCUCACAUUGAGAAAAUUAGGUAAAGAGUAAGGCAUGCAUGCAACAACAAGAUUUUGGCUAACAUUAGUUGGCUCUGAGGAGUGGGACUGUAUGGCUGGAGCCCAGAAAUUGGCAGAGGGAGGAGAUAUUUCAUAGUAUUCCUUUAUUCUUUGAAUAAAUAAUUUUAUUUUUAUUUUUUAAAUUUCAUUUCUCAGGUUAUUUAUUUUGAGAGAGAGAAAGCAUAAGCAGGGAAGGGUCAGAGAGAGAGAGAGAGCAAGAGAGAAAAUCCCAAGCAGGCUCCACACUGUCUAGCCCAACGCAGGGCUAGAAUUCAAGAACCGUGAGAUCACGACCUGAGCUAAAAUCAAGAGUCAGACACUCAACUGACUGAGCCACCCAGGCGCCCCUAUUCUUUGAAUUUUAAACCACAUGAAUGUUUCACUGACUCAAAAACAAAACAAGAUGGAACAAGCAAACAAAUAAAAACUUUGAAAAGUGACCAGGGCUAUCUAGCUUUGGAUAAACUAUCAAUGUAAUUAUUUGUCUUCGUGAACAUGGACAACACAGUGCUUGCAAACGGCAAACGUUAGGCAAGCAUCCAGCGCAGAUAAAUUUUAUCUCCAGCCCUUGGAAAUUUUGCUAUCAAAAUGCUAGUACCAGCAAAUAGAAACCUUGCUUCAGCUUAUGUAGCAUUUCAAACUUCUGAAGAACUUUGUCUUGUUUUUCCUCUCUCUUUGUCUCAAAUUUACCAUUGUUCUCUUAGCAUGAAAGGAGAGUGAUGAACGAUGAACGGUGCACACAAUGCUCUCCAUUUAGCAAAGGCAGUCCUUCCCUGGCAUCUUUACAAAAAGUCUUCAUUUUAUUGUAACAAGUGUACCUGGUUCUUUUUUAUGAAGCUGCCUACACAGGGCUAGUCCGUCUUGCACAAAACCCAUGAAAUAUUUGAUGGCACCACCCAUGUUCCUCUUAGUCUUUUUUAAACUUCUGAUCCUGAGGUUCUUUGGCCAAUAUGACACGACCCAGCCACCCUCUCUGGACCCACACAGGGCCACUCAAAACAAGGCACUCAGAGUGGAAUCUCAAACUCCAGAUGCACCUGGCCCGAUGUGCCUGAGGGACUCUCAACUCCCCUCGUUCUGGAUUAUCUGCUUCCAGAAAUGCAGACUGACCUGAAAUUCAUUUUCCUGACAGUUGUGUGACUUCAUUCUCACAAUGACUUGCCACCAACUAACGCUUUUUUGCCCUUUUGGUGAAAAUUGCUGUUCUAACAGCUUUUCUCAGGCUGUUCAUUUUUUCAAGCCCGUACACACGACCCUACCUUCUUCUUAUUAAGGUUCCUUUAGCCAGAUUCCAGCCAGUGACCAUCUUGCCAGACCUAGGUUUCAGUGAGUGUUAGUCCUCCCAGUCUUUGUAAGGAACAGGGCCAGGAACCAAGCCCCGUGGAACAAUUCUAGAGCCCUCCCUUUGGAUCAGAGCUUCCCAAGGGCCUCUUCUUUCAUAUGUAAUUUAUUCUGAGGAUAUUCAAACAGACAGAGAAAUAUAAUAAUACCACAAAGAACACCUAUAUAUCCUCCACCUAGAGUCUGCAGUGGUCAAUAUUUUGCCACAUUCCCUCUAUCUACAAAUCGCUUUACUGAACCAUUUUAAAAUAAAGACAUCAUGACAUUUUACCACUGAAUAGUUCAGCAUGUAGCUCCAAAGUAAAAGAACUUUUAAAAAAAAUUAUUUUUUUUAAUAAAAAAAAAUUAUUUUUUUUAAUUAAAAAAAAUUCUCCUUUAAAGGACAGUUUCUGUUAUCACACACAACGAAAAGUGAAUAAUAAUUCCUUAUUUUUAUCUCCACUCAGUCCAUAUUCAAGUUCCCCAGUUUGUUCCCAACAUGUCUAUUAUGGCUGGUCUUCUCAAAGCCAAAAAAAAUCAGGGAGGACACUUUGCAGUUGUGCUUGUUUUAAUCUAAGCGAACUGUACCCCAACUUUCUUUUUCAUGACAUUGACCUGCUGCAAAGGCCAAGAUAAUUGUUUUAUAAAAAAACCAAAACCUCUUUAAAUACCACCCCUCUUCACGUUGUUCGUUUCAACUGCUGCUAUCAAGUAAAGGCCGUUUACUGAGUAAUUAUUAUUUUUUCUUUUUUGUUCAUCAAAUUUGUAUGUAACGACCUAUUAGACCUUCUGAUAAGUAUGAGAUAACAUUCUUACCAUAUUGGGUUGAUGCAACUGCAGAGAUAAACCCAGAAUUGUGAUAUUUUAUAACUGUAUAAUUUUGGUCAAGUUACUUAACUUCUUUGAGUCCUGGUUUCCUGUGCCACAUAAUGAGGAUAAACGUAUCUGUCUUAGUAAAAGCAGCACAUGUGCUAAAAUUAGGACAGAGAGAAGAUUAGCGUGGUUCCUGCAUGAGAAUGACAUGCAAAUUUGUGAAGUGUCCCAUAUUUUUUAAGCUAAGCUCAUAUGUACAUUUAUUGGAAAUUGAAAAAUGUCCCUGCAUAAGAGUUUUCUAAUUUAUAUUACCACUACAAAUGCAUGCAUGCGCCUAUUACUCUCAGCCUCAACAACGACUGUAAUAAUUUUUAUUUUAAAACUAAUUUUAGAGAUGAAAAAUAUCUGUGUCGUUGAAAUUUUUAGUUCUCUAAUUAUGAGACUGAACUUGUUUUCAUAUGCUUAACUGUCCUCAUAUAUAUAUUUUUGUGAUUGUUUAGCUUUUAAACCCAUUUUCUAUCAUGACCCAUUAGUUUUUAAAGAAUAAGAUGUUUAAUUAUUCAGAUGGCAAAAAAAAAAAAAUCUUAUAAGAAAUGAUACAAUUGUGCUCAAGGUUUUCACUUAGAGUCUCUGACCACAGGAGCAAACAUAUGUUUUCAUUUAACAUUUGGAAAUCUGAUAAACUAACAUUUACCAACCUCAUACUGGAUGCUGAUAAAGAGGGUAAUCAGAUAAGUUUUUACUGUGUUCUCUACUACAUGGUCGACACUGUUGGUGAGUUCACAUUUUAUCUUUACAAUAACCCUUCAAAAUGGUUAGGGUUAUUAUCUCCAAAUAUGAGUGAAGAAAUUGGGUCUCACAAAGGCUAAAUAACUCACACUUUGGAACUUGAACUUGGGUCUUUCUGAGUAUGUAGUCGGAAAUUGAACUUGGGUCUUUCUGAGCACAUACCACAAGCUCCUUCCUCUAUCCUACUCUGCCUCUGAUUGUGAACAGUGUCCAUCUCUUGGUCAACACAAUAUCUAAGAUUUCCUAUCAACCGAUCACCUCAACCUUGUUAGAAUUAUGUUCAAAAUAGCAGUUCUCUCCAUGGAAUCCUCUACCGUCUGAGGGAUAAAACUGGCUUCAAACCAAACAAAACCCAGCCUCAUCGUGUUGGGUUUUCCCAGAGUGGGAAAUGACACGUGCUGGCAUCAAACAGAGGCCUUUCUUCUUUUAGCCUGUUAGACAUUCAAGGUUACUGGAUUGUGUCAUGUCUGUGGACUGAUAGCGCAGAGAGGAGCCAGAGGAAGUAGGUCCUGGUGUGAAGCUUGCCCACCGGGAUAGACAAGGCUUCAAAGGUGGGUGGUAGAGGGUAGGAAGGCAGACUAGACCCAAGAGAGUGGCAAAGGCAGUGAACAAGUCUUAUACCUGUCAGCCCUAGAGUUUUGGU